ACUCAGGCGCAACACGUCUGCCGGGGUCCUGAUUACCGUGGCAAAGCGCUCUAUGUCCUGACCCUGUGUUCAUCAUAGUUCAUGUGAAACCCUACAGCUAUUUGAGUACUUGCACGAUAUCGCAGAGCCAUGUCCUUGUACGAUGAUCUGGGAGUGGGAGCGAGCGACACUAAAACGGAAGGUUGGUCCAAGAACUUCAAAUUGCUUCAGUCGCAGCUCAAAGUGAAGAAAGCUGCCCUCACACAGGCCAAAAGCCAGCGCAUGAAACAGACUACAGUGUUGGCUCCUGUUAUUGACCUGAAAAGAGGAAGUGCAGGAGAUGAGAGACAGAUCUUAGACACACCCCCUCGCAUCGCCGCAGGAGUCAAGGACGCGGCUCCGAGCAGCUUCUCGUCGGGGGAUGUGCUGAUUCCGCUGGCCGAUGAGUACGACCCCAUGUUCCCCAACGACUACGAGAAGGUGGUGAAGCGGCACCGGGAGGAGCGGCAGCGGCAGAGGGAGCAGGAGCGCCUGAAGGAGAUCGAAGAGCGCGAGAAGAAGAGGAAGGAGCGCCAUGAAGGCAGCGCUCCAAGUGGCUUCUCCCGCUUCCCAACAGAGGGGGAGUCCGACGAGGAGGACGAGUUCGACAAGGAGAAGAGGAAGAGGACCAUAGGAGGAGCAGCCAUCGCCCCACCUACGUCUUUGGUUGAAAGAGACUCUGUUUCAUUUUCGUAUGAAGAUGAAGGUCGGGGGUCCCGAGGGUCCAAGGCAGCGAUCCCACCUCCCAUGUACGAAGAUUCCGAACGACCUCGGUCUCCCCCUGGCCCUACCAACUCGUUCCUAGCCAACAUGGGUGGCACGGUGGCCCAUAAGAUCAUGCAGAAGUACGGUUUUCGAGAGGGCCAGGGUCUGGGGAAGCAUGAACAGGGUCUGAGCACAGCGCUGUCAGUGGAGAAGACCAGCAAGAGGGGCGGCAAGAUCAUCAUCGGAGAAACUACAGAGAAGGGUUCCAGUCAGUCUGCUGCAGAGCCACCUGGCUGGAUGCUGGGUGCUGCAGCCGAAGCGCAGAAGAAGACGGCGGCGGCAGCCGCAGCGGCAGCAGGAGGAGCAGGAGCAGCGUCCGGCUCCGAGCCCAACCCUCUCACGGAAAUACUCAAGUGUCCCACCAAAGUAGUUAUAUUAAGGAACAUGGUGGGGCGGGGGGAGGUGGAUGAGGAUCUGGAGGCCGAGACAAAAGAGGAGUGCGAAAAAUAUGGCAAAGUCACCAAGUGUGUCAUCUUUGAGAUCGCCAACGUCACUGACGAUGAAGCGGUUCGUAUCUUCCUGGAGUUUGAGAGAGUGGAGUCAGCCAUUAAAGCUGUGGUGGACCUGAACGGCCGAUACUUCGGUGGACGAGUAGUGAAGGCGUGUUUCUACAAUCUGGACAAAUUCAGAGUGUUGGAUCUAGGAGAAGCAGUGUGAUCUUAUUCAUCUCUACGUUACACACACACAUGUACAUGCACACACAGACACACACACAGACACACACGUACACACACAGACACACACACACACACACACACACACACACACACACACACACACACACAGACACACACAGACACACAGACACACACACACACACACACACACACAGACACACACAGACAGACACAAGUCACACACACACACACACACAGAGACAGUCACAAAAUAGCCCCCUCUAUUUGUAUGCCCUUCCGUCUUUAUACAGUAUGUGCGUAUUGAGACACAAUAUGUUGUAUAUAGUAGUGGUGCAGUCAGAUCAUCGAUUUGUUUUGCUUUGUGGUGGACAGUGGAAGACUGUAAAUUCUGGACAUUAAAUAUCUUAUCUUUUUUUAUAAGGAAAA